CGGAACCUUCAACCUUUUUCCGGUUCCGCUGUGGUCAUGGGCAACUCUCGCGAGAGAACGGAAAAGGCGUGGCCUCGGUGCCACGUCGGGGUUGGAGCCGCACGCUUCAUGGCGACGGCCCUCCUCCACCCGGGGGAACACGUGGCCACCGGCAUGGCUACCGUCAUGGCCGCCGCGUUGGCCCUCUGCCUCCUGCCCUCCGCCUCUCACGGGGACCAGCACCACCACGACCCUUCCCACGAGGACCUCCAGCACCACCAUCACCACCACCACGAGGAUGGCGGCCACGGCCAAACGCUGACGGCCAUGUUUAGUGGCCGUAGCCACCACCACUACCAUGGGGACCCCCAUGGGGACCCCCAUCAUGGCCACCACCACCACCAUGGGGACCCCCAUCAUGGCCACCACCACCACCAUGGGGACCCCCAUGGGGACCCCUAUCAUGGCCACCACCACCAUGGGGACCCCCAUGGGGACCUCCAUCAUGGCCACCACCACCACCAUGGGGACAUUGGCCACGGCCACCACCAUGGGGACCCUCACCACGGCCACAGCCACUCCCAUGGGGACAUUGGCCACGGGGACCCCCAUCGACCCCCACCAUGGCCACCACCAUGGGGACAUUGGCCACGGGGACCCCCUUGA